AUGGCAGAACUCGACUUGAAACUGCUAUUUGCAGGCUGGCUAGAAAUCCAGGCUGCUGAACUCACCAAGAAGGGUUCAAAGUUAGGUUAUGCAUACAGCAAGGCGUUUGAUAAGGUGAAGAGCCAUCCAGAUGCCAUUGAAGACGCGAAACAGCUACGACAGAUCAGCUGUGUGGGCCAGAAAACGUUUGAGUUUCUUUGUUCCAAGCUUAAGAAACAUUGUCAGACAGAGGAUGUGGCGUUUCCUGAAGGGUUUUCGUCGUUUUUGGAGGAACGUGUUGGCGGGAAAAGGGCACAUGAGCUAGAUGACGAGAACUCCAAGAAGAAGACCAAGAGACGAAGCUCGUGGGUCCCUAAACGUCGUUCGGGAUCGUGGGCGAUUCUCAUAGCAUUGCAUAAGAAUAACGGGUCUGAAAAGGGUCUACGAAAGGAAGAUGUCAUUGAAAGUGCUUCUGGAUACUGUGAUAGUUCAUUUACAGCUAACCCAGCUGCACGAGACUUCUAUUCGGCAUGGGACGGGAUAAAGACGCUACUCAACCGUGAAUUGGUCGAAUGUGUGGGAAGAGCACCUAAGCUUUACUUGCUCACGGAGGCUGGCGUUGCUAUGGCGAAGGUAAUUAUGCAACAAGAAAAUAUCCAUUCUUCUCCAGCACCUACAGUGGACUUGAGCUAUGAUAACGGUAUACGCGUCACUCCUGAGCUGUCCAUGGCGCCUAUUGAUCCUCCUUCGAGCCCUCUACGGCGUAAAGCCGUGCAUGAUGCCAAUCGGAAAGUGUAUGAUGGAGUUCUCUAUGAUAUCUGGAAACCAGAAGACUUUGAGGUGGCUGUUCUCUUUGAUACUCGAGAGAUGCGUUCCCAAAGCGAAAGAGACUUCUUCCAGAAGCGCGUUGCCAACCAUGAUAUAACCUGUGACGUGAGAGCUCUUUCGGUGGGAGAUAUCUUGUGGAUAGCGAAGAAUAAGCAUACCGGCAAGGAAGUCGUGCUUAACUACGUCUGUGAACGUAAGAGAAUUGAUGAUUUGGCAAUUUCCAUCAAGGACGGACGUUUUGUGGAGCAAAAAAACCGUCUUCAGAAGUCUGCCCUUAAGAACGUUUACUACGUUGUGGAAGAAGGUGGUCUUUGCGAUGUGGACCGUAUUUUGGAAAUGAAAAGUUCCAUCCAGACCGCCAUUUCGAUGGUUAUGACCGUUUCCAAUUUAUUCUUCGAACGAUUCAGAAAGUCUGACGAUAUUGUGGACUGGGUCGUUUCAACCACAAGCAUUUUAAAAGAAAAGUACGCCAAAACUCGACUCAUGGUUCUUCGACCACUGUCUGUAGAGACACAAGCCGAGUACUCUCAAAUGCUAGAGAAGUUCAGAAAAAAAUUCGAAAACAGAUCAACGUCAUAUGAAUGUGUUCAUACGUUCCCGACCUACCAGGCUGUUUUAUCCAAAUCUGACAUGAUGACAGUGAAGGAAAUCAUCAAAUCCAACUAUCAAGCAUCAGACAUCCCAGAUAUGCAUCCUUCCACUGUUGUAUUGGGUAAAGGUACCCUUAAAUACGGAGGCAAAUCUGGUUUAUUGCCUAAAUUACGUCCCAUCUUCAAACACCCUAUUUUGCCAAUACCCGAUUACAUCAAAGAGAAAGAAGCCAAAACAGAACAAGGUUAUGCCAAGGGAGUGGAGCCACCUGUGGUCGACGGCCGCCGUAUAGCCCGUAAGCCUAAGCCUACGAAGCCAAUCCCAGUUGAGGAAGUCAUCAAAAAGAGAAUCGAGAGCGGUCCAGCUGUCGAUGUCAGCAAACUAGAAGGCGACAAGUUAUGGGCAUACAAGAGAGAUCAGAUCAGAAAGGAUCUCUUGAAGGAAGCCUACUUGACAGAAGCUAAGCGUCUUGAAAGACUACAAGCUCUUAAAGUCAGAAAGCACGAGUUGGAGGAGAAGCAGAUUGCCGAAGACAAGGUCCACGAAGAGAGUGAGGCCACCAAGUUGACCUUGCCCACGAUUGACUCCUACCUUAAUGGACCAAUCAUGAGAAAGAGAACGCCGGAGGAGCAGGCUAUCAAGGAGGAACAAAGAGCAUUGAACAGAAGAGUCCAGGCGUUGCAGGCCAAAGAGGCCAAGGCCAACGAGUUAUUGGAGUUGUACCACGCCUCUGCCAACUUCAUCACUACCGAAGAAGAGUUGAGUGAAGCUAUCAGAGAGGCUUUCGAGGUGAAGGUUGGUCAAUUCGAGAGCAACGAGCGUUUGGUCGAAGACAAGCUCUUUGGUCUCAGCAACGUUUAUGCCAAAUCCAAGGCCAACGAGAGAGCUAUUUUGGAUGCUGCAUUUGGCGAGAUCGAUGGCCAGCCAGGUCUCCAGACGGUGAAGGAUACUUUGAGUGGAGAGAACGAGAAGCUCAAGAGAGAGGCUCAGUCGGAGCUCAACAAGGAUGCGUAA